CUUUCAUUACGGGUUGGCUGGCCGGAGCCGCGACUUGUGCUCUGAGGAAACGCUUACUCAAAACGCGCUGUGUUCUUGGUGUUUGUGUUGUAAGCGAACAAUUGUUGAAGUGGUUCUGACCUAGAAAUUAGCUCCCAAGGAUCAAUAACUCAAAAGGAUAGCUUCAAUCUUCAUUUUUCAAAUUGCAGGUAGCAGAAAGAUACAAUCUUGUUCAUAAUCUGGAGCUAAGUUGUUAGAAUAAGACACCCAACAAUGCAGACUCUAGUUCAGAAACUACUGCCCAGAACAACGUUCAAGCAAGUUGUUGCUUUCCGGGCAUAUUGUACUGAUAAGAUACUUGACAUUGGACAGCCUACUGCUUCUUCUCAUCCAGAGUUGAUGAAAGAAGGGGAAAUUACCCCUGGAAUAACUGCUGAGGAAUACAUUACAAGAAGAAAAAGGUUGCUAGAGCUUCUACCAGAGAAUGGUUUGGCCAUUAUUGCAGCUGCCCCUGUGAAAAUGAUGACCGAUGAGGUGCCUUAUGCAUUUCGACAAGAUUCUGAUUACUCAUAUGUCACUGGAUGCCUACAACCCGGUGGUUUGGCAGUUCUGAGUCAUGACUUUGGAUUGUGCAUGUUCAUGCCUGAAACAAAGCCUUAUGAUGUUCUUUGGAAAGGGAAAACUGCAGGAGUUGAUGCAGCAUUAGAAUUUUUCAAGGCCGACGAAGCAUAUCCAAUGAGAAAGUUGCAUGAGAUCCUUCCAGAUAUUAUUAGGAGGUCCUCCAAGUUGUUUCAUAAUUUGAAUACUGCCAGUCCGGCUUAUGUGGGUUUAGAGGCCUUUCAAAAAGCGGCAGUGAAUGACCGUGUGAAAGAUAUUUCACUUUUUACUCAUGAAUUGCGGUUAAUAAAAUCAACAGCAGAGAUAAAGUUAAUGAGGGAAUCCGCUUCAAUUGCUAGCCAGGCUCUUUUGCAGACAAUGAUGCAUUCAAAGGCAUAUCCUCACGAGAGUAUGUUAUCAGCAAAGGUAGAAUAUGAGUGCAGAAUGAGAGGUGCUCAAAGGAUGGCAUAUAAUCCUGUGGUGGGUGGUGGGUGUAAUGGCAGUGUUAUACAUUAUUCUCGAAAUGAUCAGAGAGUUAAAGAUGGGGAUCUUGUUCUUAUGGAUAUUGGAUGUGAAUUGCAUGGUUAUGCUAGUGAUCUUACUCGUACAUGGCCCCCUUGUGGAAAGUUUUCUGCUGCUCAGGAAGAGCUUUAUGAGCUUAUACUGCUAACAAACAAGGAAUGUAUAAAGCUUUGCAAACCUGGCGCUAGUAUACAGGACAUUCACGAUUACUCGACGAAAAUGCUCCGAGAAGGCUUCAAAGAGCUUGGAAUUUUGAAAAAUUUGAAAAGUGAUCUCUACCACCAUCUAAAUCCAACUUCUAUAGGUCAUUAUCUUGGAAUGGAUGUCCAUGAUUGCACUAGGGUUGGUUAUGGUCGAACGUUGAAGCCAGGUGUUAUGAUAACGAUUGAACCGGGAGUUUACAUCCCAUCUGUUUUUGAAGUUUCAGAAAGGUUUGCUGGUAUUGGAAUAAGGAUCGAGGAUGAAGUCCUUAUAACCGAGUCAGGUCAUGAGGUCCUCACAGGUUCAAUCCCAAAAGAAAUUAAUCAGAUAGAGUCAUUGCUGAACAACUUCUGCUUUGGAUCUACAAUGCAUGGCUCACAUUUUAUGAAAGCCUCAAUCUGUUGAUCAAAUGUGGGGACUCUUAGGUGUAUGAAAUAUCUGAGAAUGAAGACCAAAAAAGAGGCUAGGGAGCAGCAACUGGUUAGUGUUUAUUCAAUUCUUGAGUGUUCUGGGUGUUUAAACAUAGUGGAAUGGAGGACAAUGAUGUGAUAUCCGAAGUAAUACUUGAGUCAGGAUCAAAUGGGACGAUAGCUUGGUGUUUCUGAUGAGCAAAUGUGGUGUGCAAGAGGACGAUGGUGAGACAAUGAGGGUAUGCAUCUUCUGUCACUUUUUGGGAACACGCUCACUGCUAUUGAAUAAAUGUCUUGGCUCGAGUAUCGACGUUGUGAUGCAACGAUUGUUAUGAGUUGAACUGGUGAAGGAUUUCAGCUAACGACAUCAAAAUUGAGUGUAUCAUCUGUAUUUUCUGUCACAAAACUUAUUUUGGGUUCUCUUAGUAUUAGUUGUGGAGUCCUUGUCCAUGGGCAACUCAUAGUAUCGCAUCGAAACGUUCAAGUAAAUAAGUUCGCUUGGUAAAGUGGCUGAAGAGGGCACUGCCAUCAUCCUCGUGAGCCUGCUAUUUGCACAUCACUCUCAUCUUGCUGUCAUUUCGUUUUCACCUUGGUAUAUGCAUCCGACUCAAUUCAAGUAUUGCUUGGAAUCCCUUCGACUCGUCUCCCAUGAGUACUAUAUUUUCAAUCACUACCAUAACUAGCCUAUUUUUUUGUACCAUCUAUAUACUUCAAUUCCAUUCAUGGUCAUGGACAGGUAGGUAGUAGGAGGUAGCAGUUGGUUGGUUUUUAGGUAUAUUCAUUUCAUUGAAUUUUCCUCAGAUCCAAUGGUCUCAAUUUAAUUCUUUGUAAGAAAUAAGCAGUCAAAUUUUGAAAUAAUGGCCAUACUAAUAUAGCUUCUUGCUAUUGCUGCAUCCAUUUAUUGUAUUUGGUUAUGACUUCAAGACCAUGUUCUUAAUUUGUUAUCCAAAGCAUGGCCACUCUGUUACCAUAUUCA